AUGAGCACUUCAUUGGUCUUAUGUCAAAAUUUUAUCUUUAUUAACUCAAACCACUGUAGAAACUUUCUUUACAUGCACAAUUCCUCCUGUUCUUCGAUUCGAUGGAGUGCUAAGAAACAAAGAUUUUGUGGGUUUAUCCCAAAUGCUAAAAACAAUAAUAACCAUUCCAAGAGAAAUAAAAGUUGGUGGCAAAGGUUCUUUUUUGAUGAUGAUGGAAAUUGGCUUGGUUUGAAAGAUAAUGAUAUGUUUGAAGAGGAGGCUGAUGUUUCUAGUGAUGAGGAGUUAUCAGAGAGUGAGAAGUUUGAGGCGUGGAAGAGGCGGGCGGAGGCGAUAAUCGAGUUGAGGGAAGCUCAAGAAGAUAUGAGGAAUGAAGAGAGUAGGAGGUGGGAGGAUUGGAUUGUGGAUGAUCAUGGAAAUGGUGCUGAUGAAUCUUGGAAUCAAGAUUUGGGUAAUGGGGUUUGGCAAGGGAAGGACGAAGCGCGUUUGGAUCCCAGUGAGUUGUUUCCUGAAAGGGGGUUGGUUGAGUCUGUGAGGAACUUGGUUUUUGGGAAAGAAGAGGAUGAUAUUUUGUAUGAGGACCGCAUUUUUCGAUACGCCUCCUUGAAUUCAGCUAAAUUUUUGGCAGUACUGAUAAUUAUUCCAUGGGCCUUGGACUUUGUGGUUCAUGACUAUGUUCUCAUGCCUUUUUUAGACAGAUAUGUGAAGAGUGUACCACUUGCAGCUCAGAUGCUCGAUGUGAAAAGAUAUCAAAAGCUUGAAAUGGUCAAGGAAUUAAAUGUUCAGAAAGCAAGAUUCCGGCUUGAGGUUGAGAUUGGCAAGUCUCCUCCUCUUUCUGAUGAGGAGGUUUGGUGGGAGUUAAGACAUAAAGCUUUAGAGUUGCGAGAUGAAUGGAGGUUGGAGAAUCGUAGAGCUUUUGCCAAUAUAUGGUCGGAUAUGGUAUUUGGGGUCUCAUUAUUCAUUCUUUUAUACUUCAAUCAGAGUAAAGUGGCUUUGCUGAGAUUUACAGGUUAUAAAAUUAUAAACAAUAUUUCAGAUACUGGAAAGGCAUUUUUAAUUAUUCUUAUCACAGACAUUUUUUUAGGAUAUCAUUCGGAGUCUGGUUGGCAGACUCUUUUGGAGAUAAUUGUUGAGCAUUAUGGUCUUGAAGUUGAUCAGUCUGCCAUAACCAUUUUUAUCUGCCUGAUUCCAGUUGUCAUUGAUGCAUGUGUGAAGCUUUGGCUGUUUAAAUUUCUUCCAAGGUUAUCCCCAAGGGUAUCGAAUAUUUUCCAAGAAAUGAAGCGUCACUAG